AUGGGAAACGCUUUGCAGACACUCCCCGACAGUAGUAACGAAACCCAACAAUCCCAAGAUCAACAAGAAGAUCAAAAUCAGGAAAUCCCAGACGAUGAUAAUCAAGCCUUCACAUGCGAAAUCUGCAUCGAGCCGAUGAUAUUACCCGACAGAAAAUUCAAGAAUAAGAACAAAUGCAGCCACCCUUUUUGUACCGAUUGCAUUAUCAAGUACAUCCAAGUGAAGCUCAGGGAUGAUAACGUGGGAAACAUCAAAUGCCCGGCUAUGAAUUGCAAUCAGUUCUUGGACCCAAUUUCGUGUCGGUCGGUAAUUGGUUUAUCGCUUUUUGUAAAGUGGUGCGAUGUGCUUUGCGAAUCUGUUAUUCUGGGAGUGGAUAGGAGUUAUUGUCCUUACACGAAUUGUAAUGCUCUGAUCGUGAACGAGUGUGGUGGGAAUUUGAAGAAAUCCAAGUGUCCCAGUUGUAAGAACUGGUUUUGCUUUCAGUGUAAGAGGGUUUGGCAUGCUGGGUUUGGGUGUGAAGAAAGUGGGGAAUUGAGGGACAGGAACGAUGUUGCAUUUGGGAGACUUGUGGAGCAGAAGAAGUGGGUAAGGUGCCCCCGGUGCCGACAUUUUGUCGAACUCACUGAGGGCUGCCGAAUUAUCAAAUGCAGGUGCAGCAUUAAUUUCUGCUACAAGUGUGGAAAACAAGUUCAUCAACACUGGUGUCGCUGUGACACGACUUCUAUGUGCUGCGUGUGGUGCUUCCGAAUUUUCAUAGUUCUUAUUUUUUUGAUAUUCGGGCUCUUGUUCUUGAUCUGGGAUGCUGACAAACGAACAAACCGUAAUGGGUAG